GCUCAGCUCAAGGCUGUGAAGAUGGGCAAGGCUCAGGCCCGUGGCUCCAUGGUCGUCGUCGCGGCCGGCGCCGUCGCCAACGGCUACGCCUCCGCUCUCGUCGAGGCGUGCGCUGACGCCAAGGCUCUCGACUCCGUCCACGGCGACAUCGAGACCAUCACCGCCUACAUGGCUGCCAACCCCGCCAUGAGCACCUUCCUGGCCAACCCCACCAUGGAGCCCAAGAAGAAGAAGGAUGUGCUCGCCAAGCUCGGCAAGGAGGCUUCCUUCCACCCCUUCACCUCCAACUUCCUCAACCUUCUCGUCGACAAGUCCCGCAUCGGUCAGCUCGACGCCAUCGCUGAGGAGUUCGAGGCUCUCUACUGCGAGUCCACUGACACCCAGGUUGCCACCGUGACUUCCGCUGUCAAGCUCGAGAACGAGCAGCAGUUCAUGAUCGCCAAGAAGAUCCAGGAGAUGACCGGCGCCAAGAACAUCAAGCUCAAGCCCGAGGUUGACCCCUCCCUCCUUGGCGGCUUCGUUGUCACCUACGGCAAGGACGGUUCCGGUUACAUUGACAUGUCCGUCGCGGGCCAGGUUCGUCAGCUCAAGAACGAGAUCGUCGUCGCCUAAGCGAUUACGAUUCGGUUCUUAGCGGGUGUGUUUGGCCGAGGUGGCAUUCCACGGCCAGCGGAAUAUUGAUUUGUUUUCCAAAAAUUCGAGCAUUCGUGCUAUAGCUAUGCGACAAGGGUGAAAGCGUCGGCGCAAGACGCAUCUCAGGAUUGUGAUAUAGGGGAGCCUAUUACCCAUUCUAAAA